AUGUCGAAGUUCCCCGUACCAUUACGAUCAAUCGGCGGGCUUCGUCCGACUGCCGCCGCGGCUUUUUCGGCCUCAAACGUCGGGUUCACACAGUCUAGGUUCGACAAGUCAUCGAAAGAAAGUUUAUUCAAAGAUUCUGCAGCAGAUCAGUCAGCUCGACAAAUGUUCGCGUUGCUCCUCUUCUGAGCGGCGUCACGAAACACACUCCAGCGAUUCCGAUUGCUGCCAUCAAGGGAGUCCGAUUGUACAGCAGCGGUACUCAUAAUACUACCUACUUUUUUUAAAUUUAAUUAUUUUAGAUAAUUUGCCUACACACAAGCGCGUUAAGUUGCCUGCUCUUUCACCAACCAUGGAGCUCGGAACGGUUGUCAGCUGGCAAAAGGUUUGAAUAGAAAAAAAGCGAUUUAUUAAUUUUUUUUGUAGAUUUUUUUUUCUUUUCGAGCUUUCUUAAAUUUUUUAGAGCUUUUUUUAAAAAUCUUUUGCGAAAUAAUAAUUAAAAAUCAAUUUUCUUCCAGAAAGAAGGAGACCAAUUAAGCGAGGGAGACCUGCUUUGUGAGAUUGAAACUGACAAGGCAACGAUGGGCUUUGAAACGCCCGAAGAAGGAUAUCUGGCCAAGAUUAUCAUCCCAGAAGGCUCCAAGGAUGUUCCCAUCGGAAAGGUUUGUGUUUAAUGAGAGCGAAAAUCUAGAUAUGCUUUUUUCAGUUGCUUUGCAUCAUCGUCGAGAAGGAAGAAGACGUUGCGGCUUUCAAGAGCUUCAAAGACGAAGGAUCUUCCGACGCUGCGCCCAAGAAAACCGAGGAAAAGAAGCCGGAGGAGAAGAAGCCGCAGCAAGAGGAGAAGCCACAGAAACAAGAGCAGAAGGUAUAUAUCUCGCGUCAAUUAACGUUUUUAAAAAUUUUGAAAUCGCGUUUUUUGUGAGUAAUAGUUUUUGAAAUCGCCUGGAAAGGCUUAUAACAGCUUUUCCGGUUUUGAGAGCUCUUCUUGCCUUCAAUUUAUUAUUUUUUUGAGUAUUUAAAAACAUCUUUUAAUGACUUUUUGAAGCUUUUUUGAGACUUUCUAUUAAAAAUAUAAGUGAAGAUAAUUUAUUUAUGCAAACUAGAUUAACUUUGGAUAUAACAAAUAGUAUCUUCUUCGCGGUCAGAACUUGAGAUUCGAAGCCUUUUAUUCAGAAUUUGAAAUUUGAAAAUAUGGAUAGAAUUCUUGUUAUACUCUGUCCCAUGUUGAUUUUGACCUGAAAAUGCGUUUUUCAGGAUCAAGACCAACACAAGACUUCCCAAAGCCAGUCGGUCAUUGCUUCGUCGAGUUCUGGUCGCGUCGUUGCCACGCCAUUCGCCAAGAAAUUGGCCACUGAGAAGGGACUCGAUCUUUCGGUUAUUAUCUUUUUUGAAAGUUCGGAUUUUUGCUCAACAAAUGAUAAUAGUAGUGAAUUUUCUUUUAUGUUAUUCCGAAUUUUUUCAGUGCAAGAUUUGAGGAAUUUCGGGAGAAUUAUAAACCAUGGAAUUAUGAGAGAAAGUUUUUUGCACCGGUAGAAAUUUUAUGAUUAGUUUUUCAGAAAUCUUCAUGGGCUGUAUUUUUGUUAAAGUUGUGAAAGAAUUUUUUUUGAAAUAAUCUUGCAAAAAGGUUAUUUUUACUCUUGAAAGUCACUCCUAUCGGAAAUAAGUGACGAUGAUGAUUUUUAAGAGCUUUAUUUGUGGACGUUGUAAGGAAGUUGAUGAAUAUAAAAAAGUUAUAGGGAAUCAGCGGAUCUGGACCCGGAGGACGUAUUCUGGCUUCGGAUUUGGCCAACGCUCCAGCCAAGGGAUCGACUUUCGGGGCCGCCCCGGGCGUCGCCGCCGCUUCUGGCGCCGGUCAAGACUACACCGUUCGUUUUAAAUUUUUUAUUAUUAUCAAAUUUUCUGCUCAUUCAAAAAAAAAAUUUUAAAAAAAAACGCUUUUUUCCAGGACAUCCCAUUGACCAACAUGCGCAAAACCAUCGCCAAACGGCUCACUGAGAGCAAAUCGACCAUUCCUCACUAUUACCUGACCAGCGAGAUCAAUAUCGACGCUCUUACCCAGUAAAUUAUCUUUUCAUGGAAAAAAUGGGAAACAUUUUCCAGGGUCCGAGAGAAACUGAACGCCUUGCUGCAAAAGGGAUCUUCUUCCAGUGCUACCAAGAUUUCCAUCAACGAUUUCAUUAUCAAGGUUUGGAAUUUUCACAGAGUUUGGACGUUAAAACUCAUUCAUGAUUUUAAUUGAAGAGAUAGUUGUUAUAGUGGUAGUAAUAAAUUGUUUAUUUUCAUAAACUAUAAAAACUUAUGAAAAACCCCUGGGCCGAAAAAAUUUUUUCUGGAGAAUCGAAAAAAAUAAACCUCUAAAUUUUAUAAAAAGUGUUGGGUUGACGACUGUGAAUCUGUGUUCAAAAUCAGAUUUUCCUUCUAACCUGACUUUCAACUAUUCUCUCGAACAAAUCUUUCACGACUUUUCAAAUUUAGCGCUGUAGUUUUUUUUUUUGGUUCAUUUACGUACCAUGGGCUUACAAAAAGCGUCAAGAAAACAUUUUUCAUUUCCAUUUUGAAUUAAGGUUUUCUUAUUGUAUUCAAAUAUAAAAAAGCUGUUAGAACUGGAAAUUAGCGAGUCACCCUAGUUUUUCAAGUUCGAAAUCGACAUUUUUUUUUUGAAAAUCACAGUCCAAAGCUUAUUGUUUAAAAAAAAAAUCAGAAAGUAGGUUUUUCUAAACAGUUCGUGCACAUACAUCUCUAUUGAGAGAUUUCGAUCUGAAAAAAAUAGUUCAAAAAUCAUUUUUCAAUUGAUUUGAAAGCAUUUAUUGAACCAUUCUUCCUUCCAGGCUUCGGCCCUGGCCUGCCUCCGUGUACCCGAAGCCAACAGCUUCUUCAUGGACACUUUCAUCCGCCAGAAUCACCACGUCGACGUUUCCGUCGCCGUCAGCACGCCGACCGGUCUCAUCACUCCGAUCAUCACCAAUGCUCAUGCCAAGGUAAACAUUCACUUCGUCAUAUUGGAAACUGCGGGAAAGUUGAUAAAUAAUAAGCCAAACCCAUUGCAUUUAAUCCAUUGAUCUUUCUUAAAUUCAAAACUGACUUUUCAAGGGAUUGGCGACGAUCGCUUCGGAGAUUGUCGAGAUGGCACAGAGAGCUCGUGACGGAAAGCUUCAGCCUCACGAAUUCCAGGUAAAAAUCUAGAUUUUUAACUACUCAUUCUUAUUGCUUUCUGUAGAGAUCUAGAAUUUAUAUCAUAGGCGGAGUUUCUUUAUUUUAUAGUAGGAAAUUUUUUAAAUAAAAUUUUUAAAAAAAGUUAGAAGCCGAAACGACUAGUAAAUUUCAAUACAAUUUUGAAAUUCAGGGCGGCACAUUCACCGUGUCGAACUUGGGAAUGUUCGGCAGUGUGACCGACUUCACGGCGAUUAUCAACCCGCCACAGUCGUGCAUUUUGGCCGUCGGAGGCGCCUCCGAGAAGCUUGUCCCGUGCGAGAAAGAAGGGUUAGUUUGAAAUCGAUUCCAAAAAGAAUGUGUAAUUAAUCUUUGCUCAUUUUAAAGAAACGUUUUUUUCUAGAAAUUAAGCUAACAUAUAAGAGACACCCGCCAGUUUUACAAUGUUUUUUUUUCUAUCGGUUUUUCGAUCAAGAAUUAAAAAAACAAGAUAUUUUAAAUUUGGUUCUCAUUAAAUUUCAUGUGACCGCAUUUUUUUCUACGUUUCACUUUAUUUUAUAUUUUUGAAAAAAUUCCUCUGAUAUAUUUGCGAGGAACCUAAUAUCCCCAAUUUUCUGCAAUAUUCUGAUUUUUACACCAGGAAAGAUUCAAAAAUUAUAUUGAUGUUUUUCUCCACGACUGUCUUGAGCCAAUAUUUUAAAAGAAUACAAAGAUGAGGCUAUUACACGGUAUUGGUGGAAAUUGAAUGGUAGCAUUGAGACGUUGUGACCCUUUUUUCUGUGUUCCAAGUUAGCUGAGGAAGGUUAGAUUAAAUUUGAGUCCAAGGUGAUUAAGAAUUGAUUUGAUGAUUCUGCAGCUACCGCACGGUGAAAGUGAUGAAAGUGACGCUCUCUUGCGACCACCGCACGGUCGACGGCGCUGUCGGAGCCGUCUGGCUGCGUCAUUUCAAGGAGUUCCUCGAGAAACCUCACACUAUGCUCCUUUAA